AUGGAGUCGUCGAGAGCUCAACCUCGCCUGCUGCCAGCAAUUCUGGCGUGGACUAUUCUGUGUCAGCUAGGCGGCGGCCAACCGGUGCCGGACACUUCGGGCCUGCCUCGAGCUAUUCGCUUGCCUCUGAGCCAAGGAGCUCGCACCGAAUCACCGCCGCCCCUCGAGGGUGGCCACGCGAGGAGGAUGAGCGCUCGCCGGCGGAGGGGAGUGACACCCAGCGGCAUCAACUUCGUAGAUAUGAUCGACAACCUGCGGGGGAAGUCCGGGCAGGGCUAUUACGUGGAGAUGGCUGUGGGCUCUCCUCCGCAAAAGCUGAACAUCCUUGUGGAUACGGGAAGCAGUAACUUUGCUGUUGGAGCGGCUGCUCAUCCAUUUUUGCGCAGAUACUACCAUCGUUCACUUUCCACCUCUUACCGGGACCUUGGAAGAAGCGUGUAUGUCCCAUAUACCCAGGGUCGAUGGGAAGGCGAGUUGGGUACAGAUCUCGUCUCCGUUCCACACGGCCCAAAUGCCACGCUCCGUGCCAACAUUGCUGCAAUCACCCAAUCCGAUCGCUUUUUCAUCAAUGGAUCUAACUGGGAAGGAAUCCUUGGAUUGGCUUAUGCUGAUAUAGCACGGCCUGAUGAGAGAUUGGAGCCCUUCUUCGAUUCCCUGGUUCGCCAGACUCCUGUCCCCAACUUCUUCUCUCUCCAGUUAUGUGGUGCUGGCUUUACCCAAAACUACUCCCUAGGCAGCGCCACUGUUGGAGGGAGCAUGAUAAUCGGAGGCAUAGACACAUCCCUCUUUGUGGGAGAGCUUUGGUAUACUCCCAUCCGUAGGGAGUGGUACUAUGAGGUCAUUAUCGUGCGUAUUGAGGUGAAUGGACAGGACCUCAACAUGGACUGUAAGGAGUACAAUUACGAUAAGAGCAUUGUGGACAGUGGCACCACGAACCUUCGACUACCCCGGAAAGUUUUCCAGGCCGCUGUCAAGGCGAUUGAAGCAGCUUCCUCAACAGAACAGUUUCCGUCUGGGUUCUGGCUCGGCGAGCAGCUGGUGUGUUGGCAAGCCGGAACGACACCUUGGAAUAUCUUCCCAGUCAUCUCUCUCUAUCUGAUGAGUGAAAACCGUAAUCAGUCCUUUCGAAUCUCCAUCUUGCCCCAGCAAUACCUGCGGCCAGUUGAGGAUGUCGCUUCUGCUCAGGAAGACUGCUAUAAGUUUGCCGUGUCCCCGUCGAGCACCGGCACAGUUAUGGGAGCGGUUAUCAUGGAAGGAUUCUAUGUGGUGUUUGAUCGAGAAAAGAGCCGGAUCGGUUUUGCUGUCAGCACAUGCCAUGUUCAUGACGAGUUUCGCACAGCCUCUGUGGAAGGCCCGUUCUACGGUAUUGAUCUGGAAGACUGCGGCUACAACAUCCCCCAGACGGACGAGUCCACUCUUAUGACUAUUGCCUACAUCAUGGCGGGUAUCUGUGCUCUCUUCAUGUUGCCAUUGUGUCUCAUGGUGUGCCAGUGGCGCUUUGCUCGCUGCCUUCACCCACAGGGGGACUUCUCUGAUGACAUAUCACUUCUUAAAUGAGCUGGUGAACCAGAAGACUACGGGAAUCAUGGAGCCCUCAAAUUAGCUGGGUUAACAAGGAGCCUUGUAUUCCCAUUUCCAAUACAUCACAUGCAAAUAGUUGACCGAAGUCAUAAUCUAAUACACACUUUGAUUUGGGACCGAGACCACUCCAUUUAUUGUUGUACUGUACUGUAAAAUGUUAUGGCUGGAUGUCGUGGCGAUGCUAAGAGAAACUGCUUUGCUAUCGCUUAUUGACAGGAAGCCGUCUGUGCGGCAAAGCAAAAAUAAUUGAAGAUUUAUUUGCGAGGAAACGAAAAUACUUGAAAGACACCAUGUGUGUCCUAGAACUAAGCACAGACAGGCUUGUGAUGGUAAAAUAAAUAUUAAUCAAAUGGUUCCUGUUUCAUGCAGGCUACUAUGCAGACCAGCCUUAUAUAAACAAAGGCUGAAAAAGGGAAACAAAUAGCUUUCAGCAUCUAUAUAUGAUUUCAAUUUAUAAUAAAUACUUGAUUAGAAACAGAUAUUUAUUAGAUGGUAACCCAAGAGAAAAAUACUACAGAGCUUGAUGCAAUGAACUGACCUGGAUGUUUACAAUGUUUAGGGAGCCAUAAUUGACACCGUGUGCAAUGGCAUGAUUAACUGUGUGUGGUUUUAAUGUGUGUUUUUAGAUCUACUCUUUGUUGCUUAUGACGAAAAAGGAAUGAGAUGUCAGCAUGUCUGCGUUUGUUUGCGCGCUCGCGUGUAGCUGUACUCGUGAAAAGUAUUCCGACGGAUUUAAUGAAUGAAACUACUGAACAUUAUAUAAUGACAUCUGUUCAAAUACACUAUUUCGCAAACUCCGCCAAAGAAUUCUUAAGGAAAACUAUGUAAGCUUAACAUGUCUUAUAUCACCUCGUAAUUUGUUUUGCUUGAAGCUGCUGAACACCUUGUCAGUAUUUGAUGUCACUUAUCGUACUCUAAUCUUAAGUGUAUCUAUUGUACAUAACAUUAGUUUGACAGAUUUUUAUUUUGUUCUGAAGGACAGUACGCCACAUUUUGUUAUUGUUGCAAAGAAAGUCCGCAUUAUUGCACAUCAUCGAUAUUGUAUUUUAAAUGUCAAUCUAAAACCUUUAAGGCUUUUAGUCAGUUAUUUAUUUCAAAUGGCGCAUUUAUAACACCCCAAGAAUUCAUUUGAUAUAGUUUUAAUUGCAAUAACUGAUGGAGUGAUUUUGUCGUUAUGAAGUUCGGCAGAGUAUAUAACCCCAGUCUAUAAAUAUUUUUCUUAUUUACUGAUCAAAAAGAAUUUGAAGUUGGUGAGAUUUUUAUCACUUUAAAACACAACAACAUGAGCAUUUUACACACAUUGUUUCAGAAAAAUGUUGCAUGCAUCCCACAUGCGAUUCAUUAUUGGAUGUUUUUUUUAACUGGAUAAACAUUUGGAAUUUGCCCACAAAAUGUUUGAUUAAUAAUAAAGGAAAAAAGUGUCAUUUAAAACA